CCGCGCCAACCGACUGAAACGCGCAAAAGCAAAACAUAACAUCGUGGAAGUGAAAGGCGCGUGUUGCUGAGUAUUUUUCUGUGUAAAGUGUGCGUCGAGCUGCGUGCGCCGGUCAAGCACUUGAAGCAGUGAACCCAACCCACGAGCCCACUCCAAAUUUCACACAAUCCAAAAAGCAAUCAAAUCAUGCAUUCUCCGAUUCCCAUCACCAUCCAGAAAUUCGUUAAAUUUUUGGAAACAUCAGACGAUCAGAGUUCAAGCGUAAUUAAGAAGCUUCUCUGGAACAGUCGUAAAUUGUAAAUUUAAGAAUGUCAUUAUUCUCAUUUUAGUUUAAAUAUUAAAAAUGUUUCUUUCGGUUUCUUUAUUUGCUAAUAAGCCAGCUCGGCCGAAUAAUUAUUUUCCCGUUUGCGAUAAUGAACUGGUUUUUUCGGUUUAUUAAAUCCUGGCGUAUUUUUCUAAAUUACAAUUUACUGGACUUACUGCGGAGCGUCAAAAAGAGAAAAGACCUAACAAUAAGAGUGUGUUUUAAGUGAAGUGUAACAAGAUUCAUCAGCUCGGCAUCCCACGCACCCGCACCGUCGCUUUAUUGCUAUAAACGUUGGAAUGAAGAGGAGGAAAGGCGAGGAAUUUUCCUGGACGAAUGAGGAAUGAGGACUUUCUGGACUUCAUUUUUUUCUUGACUGCUUCUCUUGCAUCAGUAUUAAGAGGUUCUAUGGAUUGCCGAAAAGCUUGUCUCUGAAAUCCGACAGGCCUCGGAUCGCCAUAAUAUGCGAGGUUCUCAUCCCAAAUUGCAAGUGGAAAAAUUCCAAGAUGACGUCCCUCCUGGCAGACCCCAUUUUAGCGCGACUGGAGUGCUGGUGCACGUGCAUGCCACCGGUGGCUACGGGAGCAGAGAACACCUUUUCGGACGGCAAUACAUACCCAGUAUCACCGCUGGUCACUUGCACACCUCGGCCUCCAAUUUGAGCUGCGGAAGCUGCAGCAGUUGCAGCAGCCGAGACGAGCCGGCGCCGACAAGCAAUGAGGAAAAAGGCCGGAUAUUUAGAGGCUACCUUUCUGUGAUCUUGAGCUGUGUUUAUGCAGUAUUUAUUGUUACUUUGGGAGUUGUUAUUUACAUUAGUGAUGUUGUGUUGGUAAACACGUCCAUGGCAGAGACCUUUGGGAUUUACCUGGUUGUGCUUGGUCUGGCGUGGUUCAUCUUCCUGUAUAAUGACAUUCGGCGCCACUUAAAGAGCUCGCGAAAGGUUGUCGAGUCGCAGCAGCAACGGUGGAGUGAAAGAGGGGUGCAUUGGAGCAGAAAAGGCGCCUCAGUUCCACACUACUGCUUCAACCAAGGCCGCCACUCAGGAAGUUUCUAUCUGAAGAUCGGCGCCGCAGGAUUUUGUUUUGGCCAUUUGAUCCACAGUGGCCUGUUGCUUGGCUACCAGGUGUCUUUCCUCACCUCCACUGAGCCGCAUGUAAAUAAUUGCGCCAGCAUCCCGACACUCAUUCUGGAUAUUUUGUAUCCCACAUAUUCAUUUGUACAACUCUUUUUCAUCUUCAAGUACUCAAACGUCAUCAUAAAUCACUGCACAGAAAUGGCCAGAUUUGCCCUGAUGCACUGCAUUGCCUCCAGUCUUUGCUUUUGGGUCUGGACAAUUUUGAGGGAGACUGUGGACUCCCUUAGCCACCUGCAUCACCACCGCGUCUCUCUGCUAUACAACCACACGCCAAUUUUGCACGAGGAGAGAUCGGAGGCGCUUCACUACCCCAUCACGCCUCUUCCAAUCACCACCAAAGGUGCGCAAGAUCUCGUCAAGUUCUUGAACGACACCUCUUUUCUUCAUGACCACUGCAGAGGUGCUAGAAAAUUGUCUGACAACUUUGAGAACUUCUCUCCCUAUCUCUACCCGUUCACCAUUGAAUACUCAAUUUUAGUUGUUGGCGUGCUUUUCAUAAUGUGGCAAAACAUUGGCCGGUGUCGUGGCCACGGAAUGAUCGGUGGCCCUUGCUGGCCAGCCUGUCGUCAACUUCCUUCAAGCUACGACGCUGACUACACAAGCAACGUGGUUCUCCACGCAGACUGUCACUCUGCCAACAAAGGCCUCUUUGCCGGACUGAUCGUCCUUGUCGGCUCGGCCGUCUCCAUCAUCCUCUUCUUCGUGGCCAUGGCCGACCGCGCCUUUGUGUCCACAGGCCUCUUGGUCAACGCCAUCACCGAGCUUAGCUUAUUGGUGAUGAUGACUGUGGCCGUGGCCAUCGCAUACCGUCAAAUGACACGUCUGGAUGUGAACCGAAAUGCCGUCUCUCUACUCGAUGAUCUCCUGCUUUUCAUCUGCAUUCCUGCAUUUUUCCUCUACGCCAUCUUCAGCAUUAUGCCCGCUGUCCAAAGCAAAAGUUACCUCUCUAUUGCAACAAUCGUCCUCCAGGUUGUUCAGGUUUUGUUGCAAACGCCCUUCAUCAUUGACGGGCUGCGCCGCUGCAGCAACUCACGCGCUCUUCGAUACAAAAAGCCCGGCCGCGAGUUGGUCACCUUUCUCAUAGUGUGCAACGUGGCCAUGUGGAUCAUUGAGACGUUCGAGAUCAAGUCUCAGGACGUCCGCGACGACCGCUUCCAAUUUUACGGCAGUAUUCUGUGGACGAUGUUGAGCCACAUGACGUUGCCGCUAACAAUGUUUUACAGAUUUCACUCCUCUGUCUGUUUGGUCGACAUCUGGAAAUCAGCAUACGAGCCGGCAGAAAUCCACAGAUAAAAUGAUGGAAUAAUUUAAGGUGAUCUUUAUUUAUUUUCUAGUUAGGCUAUUAUUAUUAGGAGAUUAGAUCCUAAUUAAUUCAGUAAUUUACAUAGGCUUAUGUUUUUUUUUUUUUUGUGAAAAAUGGUCUCACUAUAUUUAACAGCUGCAGUGUCUUAAAUUAGAAGGCUAUAUAUUUUUUUUUCAGCUAUUUAGCUAAAGUAGAAGAAUUGUCCAAGUCUUUGUCUUGUUGAAAAAAAUGUUAAUGCUCCACAGUUUCACAGUAGCUGAUUGUUGAUUUUAAUAUGUACAGAAAUUAAUUUUAAAAAAAUUAAGAGCUAGGUGAUUUGGUAGAUAGAUUUUCCUACGAUUACAGUUAGAAAAUCUUAAUUAAAAAAUGAAAUUAUUCCAUAAAAAUGAAAAGAAAAUUUUAUUUAUGAAUUAAAUAUCAAUUUAGGAGAAACAUUUAAAAUCAUUCAAUAUUUAACUAGCAGCAGAUCUCAGACUGAAUAUUAAAAAAAUGAAUCUGCGUUUGUUGGACCAAUAAAUAAUAAUAGA